GCUGUUUUAGUGAAGCUGGGGUCUUUGUUGAGUGCAGUGAAACAGACUCCCUCUGUAAAUAUAUUAAUGUUUCAAUAGAAACUCGAAUAAUAGACGAAUAGCUACAUCGAGUGUAGGAGGGAAUUGAAAACUAGCACGUAUACUUAUCGUCAGUACUGAGAGGAUUGUUACUGAGCUGACAAUAUAGACUGUAUACAAACAAAACCAUCGCUCUUCUUAAGGUGGUAUUGGGAGAUAUUUUUAGCUAAACACUUGUCCUUUUUGAUAUUGCUCUAAUUCUGUUCACAGACAUGGGAGCGUUCCAUCGUUAAAUGGAAUAGUAUUGUUCCUUUUCCUCUACAAGCUAUCAUGAAAGAAGACAGUUAUUUCGUCUUGGAAAGGCAGAUCCUGCCAUGCGAAAGAGAGGGUUGCGUUUCCUGCUGUCUCAACGUUACCGUGGAACAGAGGGUGCCAAAGAGGGGAAUCCAGUGGCCUGCAUUUACUUCUGAUACAAUUUCAUUGAAAUAGUGUUUUACUAAACAUAACUGGGAUUAUGGAGACAGUUGGGAAAUUUGAGUUCAGCAGGAAGGACCUCAUCGGACACGGAGCAUUUGCUGUAGUGUUCCGAGGCAGACAUCGAGAGAAACACGAUUGGGAAGUGGCUGUGAAAUGUAUUAACAAGAAAAACCUUGCAAAGUCACAGACACUUCUGGGGAAAGAAAUAAAGAUUUUAAAGGAGCUUAAACAUGAAAACAUCGUCGCCCUAUAUGACUUCCAGGAAACGGCGAGCUCCGUGUACCUGGUAAUGGAGUACUGCAAUGGUGGAGAUCUUGCUGACUACCUACAUGCCAAGGGCACCUUGAGUGAGGACACCAUUCGAGUUUUCCUGCUGCAGAUCGCCAGAGCCAUGAGGAUCCUGCAAGCCAAAGGCAUCAUUCACCGUGACCUCAAGCCACAGAACAUCCUCUUAUCCCACCCCGCAGGCCGAAAGUCCCACUCCAACAACACCUGCAUCAAGAUAGCUGACUUUGGAUUCGCCCGGCACCUUCAGAACAACAUGAUGGCCGCCACACUCUGUGGCUCACCCAUGUACAUGGCCCCUGAAGUCAUCAUGUCCCAGACUUACGAUGCCAAGGCAGACCUGUGGAGCAUAGGAACCAUUGUUUUCCAGUGCCUUACAGGGAAGGCCCCCUUUCAGGCCAGCAGCCCUCAAGACCUCCGCUUGUUUUAUGAGAAGAAUAAAAACCUCUCACCCAACAUUCCUAGAGAAACCUCCAGCCACCUCAGGCAGCUGCUCCUCGGCCUGCUGCAGCGGAACCAUAAAGACCGCAUGGACUUUGAUGAGUUCUUCCGACACCCUUUCCUGGAAGCAAGCUCAACCAUGAAGAAGUCAACCCCAGUGACACUCCAGUGCUUUCCCAACUCUGCCUCAGCCAGCUCCUGCAGUAGUUCAUCCACAUCACACCUUGCCUCACCACCACAGUCCUUGGCAGAGAUUCAGCAGCUCCGUGCAAAGCCCCUGCCCUCUCCCACCCAGGAGUCUCCCGGCUCCCUGCUGAAGGACUCGGGAGGAGGCGGCGGUGGCGGCGGCAGCAGCAAGAACUCAUCUUGUGACACAGACGACUUUGUCAUCGUGCCAGCUCACUUUGCCAGUGACUUGGCCGGUGAGAUCCCCAGCAGUAAAGUGAUGCAGGACAGCCUCAUGUACAGUGGGAGCUCUCUGCUGGCCUCUGGUGGUGUGGGCAGUCAAAGCAAGACACCGCCCCGGUCCCCAUCCUACAGUGGCUCGCCUGCACCCUCUGGCAGGCUCAGCGAAUGCUUGGCGAGUAACUAUGGUAACUAUGGCCAGUCGGUGCCCAUUCCAGUCCCCACUCAGAUUCACAACUACCAGCGCAUGGAGCAGAACCUCCAGUCCCCCAGCCAAGACAGUUCCCCCAGGUUGGCACCGCCAGUGCGUCGCUGCAGCAGUGGCAGCUCGCUGGCCUACGGGAGGACCGGUCCGUCUCCACCCCACUCAGGGGCCUACGGCUCGGCCCCCAGCUCCCGGAGACUCUCCGCCGGGGCCACCAAACCCUUCCAGCUCUCACCCCAGGUGGGCACUAUUCCGGAGAUGCCCGGGCAGACUGACCGACUGGGCACAGAUUUGGGUCAGUUGGGGGCACAGAGCAGCGGCUUAGACGGCAGGUUUCAGCCUCAGCACCAACCCAAGGGUCUGGGCACCAGGCUGCACAGCGCCCCCUGUCUCCUGGAGGUGGGGAACGGCGCCCGUCAGAAGAUCCGUAAGCAGUACUCGGACCCGGUGGUGGCCCCUCAGGGGGGUAUGAUGGCCCUGCGGCCCCUCCACUCCUCCCCCCGCCUCAGCGAGCUCAUGCAGAGAAGCCCCCUGCCCACCAUCCUGGGCUCCCCCUCCCGGGCCAUGCCCCCGUUUGAGUUCCCCAGGCCACCCAGCUCCCCCAACAUGGUCACUUUCCUGGCGCAGCAGGGCCUCAUCAUGGCGUCGCCCAGCAACAGGCAGGCCCAGGGGGACACGGGACCCAGCAGUCUGCUGGACAGAGCAGAGGAGGGCCGAGGAUUCGGGAGGUCGCAGAGUGCUGGUCGCCUGUCGGACAUGUUGUUGAUGGCGGCGUUUGGAGGACCACUGGGGGACAGAGGGAGCUCGGAAAACCUCAGCACUGACAACAGUGCUAUAGACAUUACAGCGCCAUCUGCUGGAGGCACUAUGGUGGUGGGCUCAGGCAGUCCAGCCAGGGUGGUCUUCACUGUUGGCUCUCCACCAAGUGGCAGCACACCCCCUCAACCCUCUCGGACUAGAAAGUUCUCCGGGUCCUCAAGUUCCAUCAGUCCGGCUGGGUCCUUCACUAGCCGGUACCAUCCAACCGGUAUCUGCAUGGAAGGUUUUGAGGGCUCAUCCAGUCCCCGGUAUGGUUUCACAGAUCCCAUCUCGGCCAAUCUGGAGGGAGCAGUCACGUUUGAAGCACCAGAGCUACCAGAGGAGACACUAAUGGAGCAGGAGCACACAGACACCUUGCGGCAUUUGCGCUUCACGCUGGAGUUUGCCCGCUGCAUGGUGGAGGUGGCGGGGAGCCGGGGAGGUGACCGGGACCAGGAGCAGGACCACGGCGGAGAGCCCAGGGACCCCUCCUGCUCCACCCUGCUCCAGCAGCAGAGCAUGGUGGCCGACCAGAUCAGCUCCCUCAGCCGCGAGUGGAGUUAUGCAGAGCAGCUUGUGUUGUACAUGAAGACUGCUGAACUGCUCUCCUCUGCGCUGCACUCGGCCAUGGAGGGCAUCAAAGAGGGCAAGCUGUACCCCUCCAGCACUGUCAAGCAGGUGGUCAGAAGACUGAAUGACCUCUACAAGUCCAGUGUGAUGUCCUGUCGCUCCCUCAGCGCUCGCCUGGAGCGCUUCUUCUCCCGCAAACACCGCCUCAUGGACCACAUCAACACCAUCACCGCUGAGAGGCUGCUCUUUAGCCACACCGUACAGAUGGUUCAGACAGCUGCACUGGAUGAGAUGUUCCACCAGGGGGAGCUGUCUGUGCAGCGCUACCAUAAAGCCUUGCUGUUAAUGGAGGGCCUCUCCAUGCUCCUCACAGAACAGGCCGACAUCCUCAGCCUUAGCAAGUGUAAGCAGUGUAUAGAACGCCGUCUCACCGCUCUGCAGUCUGGCUUGUGUGUAUAAACAACCCUGCUACGUAAGCUCACAGCAAGCAGCCUGGACAAGAAACCUCUGUCUUUCUCUCUCUCUCUCUCUCUCUCUCUCUCUCUCUCUCUCUCUCUCUCUCUCUCUCUCUCGCACGCUGUAAGCCUCUGCUGAGUGACUGUACAUCAGAUGUCUGUUGAGAUGACUGAAGGUUCGUUCAGUAUGGCUGUCUGCCGCAAGAGGUCAAUGAGGAGCAGCAGCGGUGGAUAUGAGUAGGGUUGAGUGUCCGCAGAGCCGGACGUUGGGUCCUGUUCAUGCCUCAGCUUACCUUACCCUUCGCUGGACACAGAGAAGAACACACAGGCACAGGCUUGAACUGGAGACAGAAUCAGAAGCAGAAUAUGGAGCAACAUGCUGGUGACGACACCCAUUUUGAACUCCGACUUGAUCUCUCACAUUGACCCACAAUAUCACUCUCGUAGUCUCUUAUAGUUAGCCUUGCCACCUCAGCCCAAACAAACAAACUGAUUACCCUUGCAAGGCAUCUUGGAGUAUUCCUGUGAAGAAAGAUUCUUUCAAGCGCAGUAUCCAUGUUUCCAUUAGAAGUGCAUAUUGGAUGGUCAUGAUCAGAUGGGAACACGCCAUGUUGAUUACACACAUCUAUUUUUUAUUAACUUUCCAGUCAUCUGCCAUCCUGAUAACAUAAUCGCCUGUAGUUCCUAUUUUAGUAAGCUGGCCUAAAGCCAGAAGUUUCAGUACCAUCCAUAUACUUUCCCAUGGAUCCCUUGAUGGGUUUUAGGGUCAAUGAAUAUGAAUGGAAGACCACCCCCAACCAAUAUUGGACCAAUUAUUAAUUCUAAAUAUUUAAAAGUACUUUAAUUUAAUGAUACUUUAUUUUUUGCAUAUAGAGACCCUCUGAAUG